GCUGUCGGAGAGGCUGCUGCUCUUGGAAUAAUAUACACGCAAUAUGUAUUUCUAAAUAUUGAAAUAGAUCUAAGUGGAGGUCUAUGAGGUUAAAGCUAACUUAGGAUAGCAGCGUUUGAGUUAGGGAAAGGACUAAUCGCUUUGUUGGGUUCUGGUUCAUGAACAGAACCAAAGACAGAAAGAGAGAGAGUUAAUGAUUUUAUUGAAUUUUUCUAACAUAUCAGGUUACUUAAGAGUUGCCUCCCUUCUCAAUCUAUAAAUUUCAAAAGACUAAAGAUAAUAUAAGCAAGUUAACAUUGACUUGCCUUGUUUUAACUCUUGUAACUGAACUACAUGAUAAUAAUAAUAAUAAUAAUAAUAACGUUUGGAAACUGUGACGAUAAUGUAAAUUGUAAACUACAUGGUCGACUAAACUCUAAAGAGAAAUACACUUGUCAAGAUAUGUCAAAGUUGAAUGUUCUUUUUCUUUCUGUCAAUUGACUGUGGGCUAUCCUGGGGCGCUGACCCCAAAGAUUUAGUUGAACAGAUCGACCCCAGUACUUAUGUUUUUUUAAAGUCUGGUACUUAUUCUAUCAAUCUCUUUGACUAUACGGCUAAGUUACGGGAACGUAAACAAGCCAACACUGGUUUUCAAGGAGUGGAGGAAGAUAAACAAACACAAUACAGUAACACAGACACACAUACAUACAUACUUACGCGCACACACGCACGCACACACACGAUUGUCUGUGUUAGAAAUGUGUAAGCAGUUCAAAAAUAGAUGAAAUGAAGGAUGAUGGCUUGUGUUGGAAGUUAUUAUGUAUCAUAAUAUAAAAAUGGAUCUGAUGAAACUAUGGAGACUAAUUUGUAUUGGCUCUUUGUGUGUAUCUGCAAUUUAAAAAUAGAUUUGAUGAAACGAAUGCUGGCAAUCAGCGUGUACAACUGGAUGGUACUAAUUUUUAAUUUCUGGUUGCGUGAAGCAUUAAGUAAACUAAAAUACUGGAAAUAUCACUAUAAGAAGAAUUUAAGAGAACAAAAUGAAUUUGAUUGGCUGCUAAAUUCAGAAACGGUUUCAAACUCUGUAUUAAAUCAACUUGCUAUCGUCCAAGGAAAUACAAUUUUGGACUUGGGCUGUGGAAUGUCUUCUGUUUCUCAAAAACUUCUUAAAAAAUCUCAGCAUCCAAUAUUUGUCCACAGUUUAGACUAUGUAGCAAGUGUCAUUGAACACCAAAAGAAACUUCAUUCUGUUGUUCCAAAGGGUAAUCUGUCUUCUGGUUUUGAUUGUAUAAUUGCUGAUGCCUGCCUUCUUCCAUACAAGGACAAGGUGUUUGAUAUUGUUGUCGAUAAGGGAACAAUGGACAGUCUUUUAAAGGAUGACAUCAAAGAAAGGAGAAUGCAAAAGUUUGCUUGUUUAUUAGAGGAAUCAUUACGCAUUUUGAGACCAGGAGGUUGCUUCAUGCAAUUCACUGAUGAAGAUCCUGAUAUCCAUUAUGAUAUUUUAUUCAUUGCAAUUCAAAAGCAUUCAGCUCAUCAGUAUCAAUUAAGUUUCACCUCAGCUGGUUCUGAGCCUUACCCAUGUUAUGUUUAUUUAAUAAAGAAAAUUAUGUUAUAAUUCAAUAAAGACAGAUUUUCUUAGCAUACUUUAA